UUUUCUCUUUCUUAGCUGCUGCCUGAACUGUGUUACUUUGUCAAAUAAGUAGAAUUUUAUACUUACAUGUAUACUGGAAACGCGUUGUGUUACAAGUAGGUUCGCUCACCGGGGACCCGGAGAAGACGAGUAGAGCGUUGCCAGUUUGACUGAAUGCGCUCUACAGGAAAGCACGCCGGCUUGAAGCUUUUGAGCGGAAAUUGUCUGAACGUGACUGCGAAGCCGAUCAUCUGAGCUGAAUGAACUGCGUUGUGUGUCGAUCGUCAUCGGCUUGGUGGCUCUGACUUCUUCUCUUUCUUUUUUUAGUAUAGCGUUGAAGCGCUGUUGACUUUGCUGCUCGCUAGCCAUGAGGGCGGGCGUAGCAUGGAGCAGCGUGGCCUAUCUUCUGGCUGCCUGUUGCAGCUUGGUUUGUGCGGGCGGUGAGGAUUUCGGAGCCGCUGCUCGGAGCGACGUUCUUCGGCGUGCACGACGUACGCAAGAUAAAUUUGUUGUGCAACUGGAUGGCAGUGAGCUGAUGGGAGCAUCUGUUGAAGAAAACCUCCGAGAAGUUGUAUCAAGAAGUAAGCGACAAGCGUCGUCCGGAAAAUCUAGGAACGGCUCGGCGCUAGCAUGGCCGGUUUCACUUUCUGGAGAUAAUCACCUGAUGGCUAUUGUCCAUUGGAUUGGUCAGAACAGUCCAACCAUCGUAGUUGUGACACGAGAUAACCCGGAGGUGCCCAGUAGCAGCAACAGUGAGCUCUAUAUAAGCAGCGACUAUGGUCAGACGUUUGUCAAGAAAACCAGCUUGCUGAUGCAGCCCGGCUCCACGAAACCGGCGGUUAUCAAUGACUACUUUCCGAGCAGUGGUAACACUGGUACUGGGUCCACUGAGAAUAUCAUAUUCUGGGACAAGCUACACAAUCUGCUGUUCUUGACGCGCGACGCUGGGCUGACCUUCCAGCGGCUCACGCACAACUUUACGCUCCGCGGUAUGACAGCUCACCCGACGAACCCAAACCUGAUUGCUGCAUGCGCUGAAGGUGACUCGCAGUGUAACAAUCUGUAUAUAUCAGAGAGCUAUGGUCAAUCAUGGUUCCUGGCAUCAAGUUCAGUGUCGAAUUUCUACUGGGGAGAAACAGGAUAUGACACAUCACUGACUAUCUUUGUGCAGAAACAAGAGACAGAUGGAAAGCACAAUAUCUAUAUGUCGCAGCAACUGUUCAAACCGAAUGAUCGUACACGGCGCCUGGUCGUGCGUGAAGUGGGAGAUUUCAUCGUCUACAACCAGUACAUGUUCUAUACUAAGACGGUGAACACCACCACUUUUGCCCAGGCUCUAUACAGCUCGGCAGACAGGACUACCUUCUCACGAUGCAAGUUCCCAUUGGCACUACAAGAAAACCUCUACUUGAUUUCUGACGCACGAGAGAACCAAGUGUUUGCUACUGUCGUUCACGACAACACUGGUGCAGUGGCUCACCUUUACAUUUCUGAGUCGAAAGGAGUCAGCUUCACAUUGUCGUUGGACAACAUCAGAUUCUACUUGGGGAAUGGCUAUCCAGAAGUUGAUCUUCACCGAGUCGAAGGGCUGCGCGGCAUCUACAUCUGCAACCAGUGGCUUAGCGGUCGUACAAAUGUCCGCACCAUGAUAUCGUUUGACAAAGGCGCGCUGUGGAAAGUCAUCACUCCUCCAGCGCUGGACCCGACGACGAAAAACAGGACUACGUGCUACUUGAAUUAUCCCAACUGCUCGCUGCACUUGGCCCAGAAGUCCAACCAAGAUGCUAACGGCAACAAUGAGCCCAUCAUGUCUACCGACGCCUCGCCUGGUUCAAUAUUGGCCACAGGCAAUGCUGGAACGCAACUUGCCGCCGGCCCCAAUGUUAACGUCUAUUACUCCAAAAAUGGUGGCUUAGACUGGAACAAUAUGCUAAGCGGACGCCACUUCUACAGCAUCGGAGACCAUGGUGGCCUACUUGUGGCCGUCCGGCAAUUUGCUCUGGUGGACACAUUCCAGUAUAGCCUUGAUGAGGGUGAAACGUGGACCGAGCAUCACUUCAGUACACAGAAGAUCUACCCGUAUGCACUGUUCACCGAGCCCGGCGAGAAGCAGAUCAUCUUCACCCUGUUUGGCUCUUAUCCGCUGCAUCAUGAAUGGCUGCUCGUCAAACUGAACUUCACGUCGUUGGUUGGUCGUCCGUGUAUAACUACUGACUUUGAAACGUGGACACCCAGUGAUGAGCGUAAGGCUGACCACUGUUUGCUCGGUCUGAAGCUGGAGUUUGAACGGCGCAAGCCACACUCCAGCUGCACAGUGGGAAAGGACUACGAACGUAACGUCAAGUCAUACGCGUGUCCGUGCGCUCGUCAGGACUUUGAAUGUGACUUUGGGUACAAGCUUAUGCCUGGCACGACGACCUGCCAGCGUUUCAUUCCACAGCUGGUUGGUCCUCCGGCGGUCUGUGCCACGAAGUCUGUCUACAACAAGACCCAGGGGUAUCGGCGGAUUGAAGGUGACUUGUGCUCUGGUGGUGACGCACUGGAGACGUAUGCUCCCAUUCCCACGCCAUGUCCGCUGCAAGAAAAUGUACCAUUCCUGUUGGCUGUUCAACGGACCCGAGUGUUGAAGAUAUCGGCGAAGUAUCCGACCCAAGCUCCUGAAGAGCUGUUCUUGACUGGGCUCAACAAUGCCAUCUCUCUGGAUUUUCUCUGGGACAAGAAGGAGCUGUUCCUGACAGACGUACGGCACGACUGGGUACGACGUAUCUAUCUUGACGGGACUGGCCGCCAGGCUGCUAUACAAAACACAACUAUCAGCUCGCCAGAAGGUGUUGCCGUUGAUUGGAUUAGUCAGAACGUAUACUGGACUGACACUGGAGAGGAUUUGAUCUCAGUGUCGCGCCUAGACGGAACCAAACGCCGUGUGCUUGUUGAGGAAGGCCUGGACGAGCCCCGAGCUAUCGUGCUAGAUCCUAUCAAAGGGUAUAUGUACUGGACAGACUGGGGCAACUCACCAGGCAUCUACUCGGCAUGGAUGGAUGGCACGCACAUCAAGAACCUGGUGAACUCUACCAUCCGCUGGCCCAAUGGUCUAGCGCUGGACCGCAAUAGCUCUGAGCUGUACUGGACAGACGGUGGUAUUGAUCGCAUUGAAGCAAUGAUGACCGAUGGAACAGGCCGACGUGCGGUGGUCACUACUGGUCUGGGACAUACGUUUGGUAUUACGGUGUUUGGAUCCCAUGUCUUCUGGACAGAUUGGCAGCAACGUGCUGUAUUCUCUGCUGACAAGAACACUGGCGCAAACAUGCGCACUGUGCAGACCGGUCUUGGCGGACUGAUGGAUAUCCAUGCAUUCUAUCCAGGACUACAAACUGGUAGCAAUGCCUGUGCAAGGAACAAUGGCGGUUGCUCAGACCUGUGUUUGCCAAUUCCGGUGCCAAGUGCUGACGGUUCGAAACGUGUCUGCCAGUGCCCAAAUGGUCUUAUUCCCGACCCAGCAACAUCCAAGUGUGUCAUUGACAGCACAUGUCCCAGCAAACCAAACUACUUCACCUGCCAGAACAAGUAUUGCAUUGUCAAGGAGGAAGUGUGUGAUCAUGAGGAUGACUGCGGGGAUGGAUCGGAUGAACUUCCAGCUCCAGCAGACACUAACUGCUCUGUUACCUGUCCGUCAAGUCAAUUUCGCUGUGCCAGCGAUGGUCGCUGUGUUUCCUCCCGAUGGCGAUGUGAUCAUGUACAGGACUGCGUCGACAACUCGGAUGAAAUGGGAUGCUCAUUCGGAACUUGUUAUUCAAGUUUCCAGCACACGUGUGACAACGGCAAGUGUAUUCUGAAGUUCUUUGUUUGCGAUGGAGAUGAUGACUGUGGCGAUCGAUCUGACGAGAGCAAUUGUGCAAAUCACAACUGCUCCUCCAGCCAGUUCAAGUGCGCCAACUCCUACCUGUGCAUAUCUCGCUCUUGGCUGUGCGAUGGUGACAAUGACUGUGGAGACUUCUCCGAUGAGCGGAACUGUGCAGCUCCUACAACUCCGCCGCCAGCAACUGCCACAAGCUUGUGUGCUGCCAAUGAACACCAGUGUAACAUUACUGCUAGAUGCAUUCCCAACUCCUGGGUGUGCGAUGGUUACAACGACUGUGCAUACGCAGAUGAUGAACCCAGCACAUGCACGUUUAACUGCUCUGUGAAUCAGUUUACCUGCACCGGAAAUGGACAUUGUAUUCCAGCAGCUUGGCAGUGCGACGGGGAUAAUGAUUGCCAUGAUUUGGGUGUGCAUGGUACAAAUGGCUCUGAUGAACAACACUGCGACACUCAUCAGUGUUCAAGCUUUCAGUUCCGAUGCGCCAAUGGGCGUUGCAUCUCAAGAUCGUGGCAUUGUGAUGGCGACAACGAUUGCGGAGACCUUUCAGAUGAGCAGAACUGUCCGACUACUGGAGUUCCCCAUGUUACUGCACCCACAGCACCCACUUCAUGCGUAGGCUCUUCGACCUACUUCCAAUGUGCUAACGGACAGUGUAUACUCAGGCACUUGCAGUGCGAUGGCACAUCGGAUUGCCUCGAUGGCAGUGAUGAGCGCGGCUGUGUGCAAACUACAGUUGGCCCACACACAGUCUGCCCCCGUGGUACUGUUCGGUGCGAUAACACAUCAUCGGGUGGUCACUGUAUCCACACGUCCUGGAUUUGCGACAAGGUUGUCGAUUGUAGUGAUGGAUCCGACGAGCAGGGCUGCACAACAGGCACUUGCCUGGCAUCGUACUUCACGUGCAAAUCCGGCCGCUGCAUCAGCCGCAGUCUUGCCUGCAAUGGGUAUAACGACUGCGGUGACAACUCGGACGAGAACUUCUGUUACUCGUCUGCAGCCACAGUGGCUCCUCCUCAGUGUCCCACAGGCAGUGUACCCUGUCGAACCGGCAACCAGUGCUAUCUGGCAACACGGCGUUGUGACAACACAUAUGACUGCACUGACCAGUCUGAUGAGCAAGGCUGUGGAGCUGCCACAACAGCACCGCCAGCACCUUGUCCAGCUAGUCAGUUCACCUGCACCAAACAACACCAGUGUGUCGCUGUGCAGCAUGUAUGUGAUGGUCUGGCCGACUGCUUGGAUAGGACGGAUGAGGACGCCACGUUCUGUGCCACCUGGACCGGCGCACCCACAACCCCAGCACCGUGCUCAAGUGACACGCACUUCCAGUGCCUCAAUAAGCAGUGUAUUCCUGCAACCAGCCAGUGUAAUUUAGUGCCGGACUGCAGCGAUCGAUCCGACGAACGAAAGUGCACCAUACUGAGUGCCAAAGCACUGCGUACUGGUGCAGUGAAUCAGAUCAAGCUCACCUGGCCACAGGAAUCCACAGUGUCUGGUAUCUCUGGCUUCAAUGUCAUGAGACUGCAAAUCGGUUCGGGUUACAAGAAGAUUGGCUAUGUAGCCCUGCCUGUCACCACCUACGUGGACCAGGCAUCGCUGGCACCGUCCACCAAGUACUAUUAUCGCAUUGUAUCGGACAGCAACUCCACUGCACAGCCAGCGUCAUACGUUGCUUCAGUUACUACUUUAGACAACCCUCUGCCUCCUCCACAGUUUGCGACCGUCGUACGAACAUCUGCGCAAGUUGCAAAUCUAACCUGGGCCCCACCAGCGGGUGUUUCACAGCAGCUACAGUAUACGGUCUAUUUCGGUACUGGAAGCGUAUGUGCGGCCCUGACUCAGUCCGUGAACACACCUCAUUUGGCCGUCACCGUAGCUGGUCUCUCAGCUAAUACGCAGUACAGCUUCCAGAUUGAAGCUUUCAGCGCCCGUGCUGGACACGGAAAGCGAACAAGUUGCCUGUCAUUCAAAACCCUUCGUACAGCACCGAAGGAUGCUCCGAGCGGCUUGCUUGCCACACCACUAACAUGGAGCAGUGUGAUGGUGCAGUGGAUGGCACCGAAAGACCCCAUCAGCACACACGUGGAAUACGCCUCGGGUUACAUUGUUCAGCUCCAGGUAGCAUCGAACGGUAAACUGGUGAACUCGCAGACUGUGAAACGCCUCAAUGCCACAUUCACACAGUUGCAAGGCUCCACUACCUACCACCUGGUGGUGACUGCCUUCACGGAGACCGGUCCCGGACCAGCAGCGUCACAUACAUUCACAACUCCCCCGUCAGCUCCAACACCGCCGACCCCGAUAACUGUGACCCAAAACGUGACCGCAUUGGUUGCAGCAUGGCCUGCAAGCAAGAACGGGGAUGCACUCAAAGUGCCUAUUUACUACCAGGUGCUGCUGCAGUACUUAUCCCGUAGUGGCGUGAUACUGGCUGAGCAGAGUAAGAUGGUGACCACUGCAAGUGCCACCUUCACCAACGUUAGGGAUGAUGUACUCUGCAUUGUGCAGGUAUCAGCUUGCGUUUCGUGGCCGCGAAUGCAAAAUAAGCACUCUUGCGGCCAAUACAUCAACUCUCAGACAAUUUACCGUCCUACCGGAGUACCGUCCACUGCCCCAGUGAUUGACCAUCAUGAAGUCAGCUUCUCGGAGCUCUACAUUAAGUGGAGCCCUAUUCGACUCAACUCCUUCAUCACCUCCAAUGAUGUGUUCUACAAAGUAUCACUGACCGUGGGCACGAACAGUCCGCAGGCGCCCAUUGUGGUGAAUGACAUUCAGCUGACCUUCCACGACCUGGCCGCCCACAGCAGUGUUGUGGUGACCAUAGUGGCAUGCACUACCUAUGGUUGUGGUCCAGCGCAGACGUCAGCAGCCAUCGUCAUUGCAGCAUCAUACUCUACAACACUCAAUCUGAAAAUUACCUUCAGCUCCAAGCCUCUGAAUGCCGAUACAUUCCUCCAGGCGUUUGUGUCUGCCGUUCAGAACGUUACACAAGUGAGUGCCUCCAGAAUAAUGAAUCCCAGCACUAAGUACCUGCCGACCGUGUCCUUUGAGCUGCAUAACGCAAGCAAGAGCACACAGGGUCCCAAGAACCAUGCUGUUAUUUGCAUGCUUAUUCAAGCUGUGAACACUGGAUUUGUUGUCAGCGGCAUCAAGGCAAUACCAGAGUCAUUCAGGCUACCUCACAUUCCCAAUCCGACAUGCACACCGUCGUUGAUUGUGACGACUCCACCAUCCAAAGCACCUUCAAGCGCCGGCACAGCACCAUUCAAGUCCAACUCAAGCCCCAGCUCAAAGUCGCUGACACCGAUCAUCGUCGGUGCAGUGUGCGGCAUUGUCCUGGUUCUCAUUGUUGUCAUUCUCAUCUUGGUUGCACGGUCACGGCGCCUGUCACGCAACCUUGCUGCAUACCGCAGUCAUCAGAACCGCGAGCAAGCUGCAGAUGUCCGUUUCCGUGCCGAUGAAGAUGAGAAUUUUUCCAUCAAUGUCGGUGAUGAUGACGAUGGCAAGGGUCACCGCAGCUUGAUGUUCCGUGUUGAUGACGACGAUGAAAGGCUACUCAAUCCGAAUGAAGAUUGAGGCUGGUGAAUUUGAGACAUGACAUGUUAUUUUCUUUUACCUCUGCUCCCUCUUCUACCAUUUGCUUUGCCAAUCAGUUUCAUCCUGGUGAUGAGAGACUCAGUAUGUAUGUACAGGUAUUGUCAGUCUGCAGCGAUCUGCAGCAAGCAUCAAUGAUGUGCUGAUUUUUACUGCUAUGUAUUUGUUACGACGUGUGUUGUUUUCUCUCAUGAAUCAUGACCUAUAACUGACUUUGUAUGAAUGACUCAGCCAGCAUUACACAUACAUGUCAGUGCAGAUUACAUGUACUUACUUACUUGACCAGACUUGGGCUCAUAGCCGGAUUUAGACGACUUAGAGUAACCCACACCGGAUAGUCUCCCCUCAAUGUCAGCAUGCAAGCAGCAUUCUCAUUCGAUUUCGCUGAUUUAUUCGCAAUGCGUUGCAGUCUGUGUUCGUUUGUAUUCCCCUUGGGCAGCGCUACCUUCCUCUCUGCCUAUACUGUAUGGCCGGUGUUCAUGAGUCGUCCAUAACACUCUGUUGAACCCUGUA